AUGUCAAACUUCAUUCUGGAAGAGAUUAGAGAAGCUCACGAAAAUGGGGAUCUAGGAACAGGUCUUCAAGUUAUUGACCAGGAAUUGGGUCGUCUCCCAGAAAGCUCUAUCAUAGAGAAACUAGUGAGAUUUAUUGUCUUCUUCUUUAAAACACCAUUUCUCAUUAUCUCCUCGCUCCCUUUCUUAGCGUAUUCAGUACCUCAGUCAGUCGCCUCCUUCAUACUUGUACCUGGCCAUAUUUUGGUAUCGAUCCCUGGAGUUAUCCAAAAAAUUCUUGGGCUCGCGCUUAAUCCGACACUCGCAACCUUUGGUGCCACCACAAUUUUUGGAGGGCUUUUCUUUGUAUUAAUCUCUCUGCCGAAUACCAAACUGGGACGUGGAGUGGAAGCGCUCUUUAAUUUUGUCUGCUGGGCUCCUGUUUAUUCUGCAGUACUGCUGCUUUUGAGCCGCUCUGAAGCCUCGCACGAACUUCUCGCUACUCUCCACGAAUUCUUCAUAGCUAGGCCCUGGUCAGCAGCUUUCGUCUUCCUUUUUGUCUUCAAGUUCUUGAAAGUAGUCGUCCAUCUAUUUUCCUACAACUUUUUCUCUAGCUACAAACUUCCGCCGCUCCACCCUUCUGUUGUACCAAGCGAUGUUACAGUAAUUAUACCAACUGUUGGUGAUUUUGCCGACGAGUUUGUCAGAACUAUCGAUUCGGUCCUCGAAAAUCACCCAGCUAAAAUCAUCAUCUCGACAGUCGGAACCGAAAAGCUCAUACAAGCCCGCAGAGUCGUCGAGAGAAUAAUGAGAGAAAAACGCCUUCCAGGACGAAAGAUCGAGGUUAUUGCUGUUCACCAACCAAGCAAACGUGUUCAAUGCGUCCAAGCUUCCCUUCAGGUCAAGACUGGACUCAUUGCAUAUGUCGAUGAUCAUGUCUUCUGGCCUCCUACUUUUCUCAAAAGUGUUCUCGCAGAAUUUGAAGACCCAGCUGUAGGAAUUGUCGGAACCUGCAAACGUGUCGUCCGCGAGCCUGGUGACAAUUGGUCUGAUUCUCUCCGCAAUUUCUUCGCUUGCAUCUACCUUGAGCGCCACAAUUAUGAGAUCAUCUCUACCUACAACAUUGACGGCGGAUUAUGGAUUGUCUCUGGCAGAACAUGCUUACUUCGAACAGAUAUCGUGCAAUCGGUCGAUUACAGAAGUAAAUUCCUUUCCGAAACUUUCUUGGGAGCCGGCCCAGUCAAUUGCGAUGAUGAUAAUUUCAACACCAGAUACAUGAUCAAUCACGGCUACAAAACUGUGUUUCACAACAGACCAGAAGCUCGCAUUGAAACAACUUUAGGCACAUCAGGCGGUUGGCCCAAAUUCUACGAACAGCUCCUCCGCUGGUCCCGAUCAAUCUGGCGCUCCCAUCUCAAAACCGUCUUCAUCGAUGGAACAUGUUGGAAAGUUUGUCCCUGGACUAGCUACGCCAUGUUUGUCUCUGGACUGCUCAAUAUCUCUAUCAUUUACGAUUCUCUCUUAUUCAUCACGCUCUUCAAAUCGGAUUUCUACACCGAGGAUAAUCAUGCUGGUGCAUAUCUUCUUUGGGCAAUCAUUUUAAGUCGUAUUAUUAAGCCGUGGAAUCAUUAUAUGCGCCAUAAAUAUGAGAUGUGGUGGUCUGUACCAGCAGAAUUCCUAUUCGGCUACUUUCAUGGAAUCAUCAGAUUGAUUGCGCUACUGACUUGUCGCGAUAUUGGCUGGGGUGGAAGAGAUUUAACAGGGCUUGCACCAGCUGUAAGACGUCCAUAA